AUGAACACAUUAUUAUUAGGAAGUGUGCAUGCUCCAAGUAAGUAUAGGGAAUACAUUGAUUAUAUACAGAAGUUACAGAGAGAAGGCACUGUAUACAAUAAAAAGACGGUCGAUGAAUUAAUAGAAAGGUUUAUAGAAGUAGUUGAUGAUAAUUACCAUAUAAAAGAAGCAUAUACUCGAAAGAAAGGAGGGAUGAAUAUUAUGGAGAGUGACAAAAUAAGUGCAAUAAUUGUAGAAAUGCAAAAGAGUGCCAAGGAGUGCACUGAUACAGACAGUGCUGUAGGCCACAGUAUUAUAGAUAUGGGUGAAAUGGGCAAUGGCAUGGAAGAUGGAUUUACUGCAGGAGACGAGAAGAGUAAAACUCUUCUGUGUGAUUCAGAAGCACAAAGUAUAACAAAUCCAUUGAGUAAUGAGGAUAUUUCAUGUACAUCUGUGAAUAACACUAGUAAUACAAAAGUUUAUCCGAGCACACCAAGUUCAGAGAAUGCCUCCAUUACAGAGAGCGUUAGCAGUGAACUGUGUGAUAGAACUGUUCAGAUAGAUUCUAAUGUGCUUGAAAUAGAACAAUCUAAAGUAAGUGAUAAUAUUAGUGCAGUGUCUAAUCAGAGAGAUGAAUUCACUGACAAUCCCAUUGGUAUUACAGAGUCCCCAGAUUCAUCUGUGCAUAGCCCAUUAUAUACCAGUAGUAUACCAGUGACUGCGAAUACAUCUAAUACAGUACACCCGCAUAUAACUGCACCGCAUAACAUUACUGAGAUCCAGCAAGCCCGUCGGCAUGGAGUAUCUGGCAACUUAUUGAACCAGCAGCUGAUUUUGCGGGAAGAAAUAUCCGCAAUAUCUGCCUAUGCAAUUUCUGUUCUUUUGAUAUGCGCGCAGAUGGAAGAUUUACUAUUAGGACAGGAAAUACCAGAAAGGAAAUAAAAAUUUAC